AUGAUGCAGAUCUUCGUGAAGACGCCGACCGGGGAGACCGUGACGCUCGAGGUCGAGAGCUGCGCGGCCGUCGACAGCGUCAAGGCCAAGAUCCACGACAAGGAAGGUAUCCAGCCGGACCAGCAGCGCCUCAUCUUCGCGGGGAAGCAGCUCGACGAUGGCCGCACCCUGACCGACUACAGCAUCCACAAGGAGUCCACGAUCCACCUCGCGCUGCGCCUCGUCGGCGGUGGCAAGGGCGGGUUCUACCCCACCAGGAUGGAGCCUAACCUGCGCAUGCUCGCGCUCAAGUACAGGCAGCACAGGCUUGUGUGCCGCAAGUGCUAUGCACGCCUGCCCCUCAGGUCUGCCAACUGCCGCAAGAAGAAGUGCGGCCACAGCAAUGACAUCAGGCCCAAGGAGAAGCUGCGCCCCCACUGA